AUUGGUCGGAUUAACUUUGGCAAAGCGCCGCCCCCUUCAGCGCAGUGCUGCAUCAUCAUUGGACGCGCCAGACGCCCCGUGACAGGUGUCUCCCGCCUCUCCGCCCCCCGGGCUCCGCCCCUCCUCGCCUCUUCGCCUCAGGUUGUCUCGACCGUCAAAUCUGGGAGCGCAAACCUGUGAUGAGAGUUUUAACGAUGUCGUGGCGGUGGCGGGGGGUUUCCACCGGGGCUGCUGCUGCUGCCGCUCUCCGGUCGAGUCCAGCGCCAGAGAACCACCUGUAAACACCGAGCAGGAUUUAACGGACGACGUGAUGUAAAAAAACCCCCCAAAAAACCGCACGGUGAAUCUCCUGCUUUUACUAGACGAUCUGUGUGACGCGGACUGGGACGCGCUCUGCCAUGUCGCUGCUGUGCGUCAGAGUAAAGAAAGCCAAGCUACAAGGACCUGCAGACAAGUUCAACACCUACGUGACGCUGAAGGUGCAGAAUGUCAAAAGCACCACCAUCACCGUGCGCGGGGACCAGCCCUGCUGGGAACAGGAUUUCAUGUUUGAGAUCAACCGGCUGGAUCUUGGCCUCAUUGUGGAGGUGUGGAACAAAGGCCUCAUCUGGGACACCAUGGUCGGGACCUCGUGGAUUCCUCUGAAGAGCGUCCGACACUCGGAGGAGGAGGGCUCAGGCGAGUGGAUUUUCCUGGAUGCCGAGGUUCUGAUGAAGGCGGAUGAGAUCUACGGCACCAAGAACCCGACACCCCAUCGAGUCCUGCUGGACACUCGCUUCGAGCUGCCUUUCGACAUCCCAGAUGAGGAGGCAGAGUACUGGACAGGCAAGCUGGAGCACAUCAAUACCCUGAGAAUCCAUGAUGAGUACCCUCUUCAGGAUGACGUUCAGAGUCGCCCACUGCCGUUUGCCGCCUCCCAGUGCUCUCUAGAUGACCAGGACAGCGCCGUGGACGACCGGGACAGCGACUACCGCAGUGAGACGAGUAACAGUCUGCCGCCGCGUUACCACACAACGGCCCAGCCCAACUCCUCCAUGCACCAGUACCCCAUGGGGCCUCGGCUGCAGCACCACCCAGACUCCUGCACAGACUCUGUCCACAGUUUUGACCUGGACUACAGGGAACAGAGAGGGAGCAGUCCAGUGGAAAGUAGUCGUUUUGGGUCGUCAGGAAACCUGAGCCAGACCAGUUCCCAGCUUAGCGAGGUUGGCCAGGAGAGCACUGGAGGGUCAGAACUGGAGGAAUCGUUUCAUUCCUACCACAGCACCGGCUUUCACCCUUCCGCCAAUGGGCAGCCACGCACCAAUGGGCACUGUGCCACCAAUGGACACUCUGCGGUUGGUGAGCAGGAGAUACAUAGGCUGGCCCCUGAAAUAGGACGUAACCUGAAGAAUGAAACCCCAGCGGAGAGAGGGUCCUCUAAACUCCAAAGGUUCCAUGAUGAUGGGCCACCGCUACCCUUUUCCCCAUCCAGAGUUUGUUGGUUGAAGGCCAUCAAUAAAGUCAGGGUUCAGCUCCGGGAGGUUCGAGAUGAAGAACCCAACACUAGACAGGCCUGGGUCAAACCAGGUGGCGGUUCUGGCCUGUAUGGAAUCGACAGCAUGCCAGACCUGCGUAAAAAGAAGCCUAUCCCCUUGGUCAGCGACGUGGCUAUGUCCCUUGUACAAGCCAGGAAGGCGGGGAUCGCAUCUGCCAUGGCGGCACGGUCCUCAAUCAAGGACGGGGAGCUGAAACACCAUGUGUACAAGAAGACCCUGCAGGCUCUUAUCUACCCCAUAUCCUGCACCACCCCUCAUAACUUUGAAGUGUGGACUGCCACUACACCCACAUACUGCUAUGAGUGCGAGGGGCUGCUGUGGGGGAUCGCCCGCCAAGGCAUGCGUUGCUCCGAGUGUGGCGUCAAGUGCCACGAGAAGUGCCAAGAGCUGCUGAAUGCUGACUGUCUACAGCGUGCCGCGGAGAAGAGCUCUAAGCAUGGAGCUGAAGACAAGACUCAGAAUAUCAUCAUGGCCAUGAAGGACAGGAUGAAGAUCCGGGAGAGGAACAAGCCGGAAAUCUUCGAGCUCAUCAGGGAAGUUUUUAUCAUCAGCAAAGCCAUCCACGCGCAGCAGAUGAAGACCAUCAAACAGAGCGUACUGGACGGGACCUCAAAGUGGUCGGCCAAGAUCACCAUCACAGUCGUUUGUGCCCAAGGACUUCAAGCGAAGGACAAGACGGGAUCCAGCGAUCCGUAUGUCACCGUUCAGGUUGGCAAGACCAAGAAGAGAACCAAGACCAUUUAUGGCAACCUCAAUCCUGUGUGGGAGGAGAAGUUCCACUUCGAGUGCCACAACUCCUCAGACCGAAUCAAAGUGCGCGUGUGGGACGAGGAUGACGACAUCAAGUCGAGGGUGAAGCAGCGUCUCAAGAGGGAAUCCGACGAUUUCCUAGGCCAGAGCAUUAUUGAAGUCCGAACGCUGAGCGGAGAAAUGGACGUCUGGUAUAACCUGGAGAAGCGGACGGACAAGUCCGCAGUGUCCGGCGCCAUUCGCCUGCAGAUCAACGUGGAGAUCAAGGGAGAGGAGAAAGUGGCUCCGUAUCACGUGCAGUACACGUGUCUGCACGAGAAUCUGUUCCACCAUUCGAACGAUGCGCUCGGCCAAGGGGUGGUGAAAAUCCCCGACCCUCGCGGAGACGACGCGUGGAAGGUCUACUUUGACGACGUGGCCCAGGAAAUCGUGGACGAGUUCGCCAUGCGCUACGGCAUCGAGUCGAUCUACCAGGCCAUGACUCACUUUGCCUGCCUGUCAUCAAAGUACAUGUGUCCCGGGGUUCCUGCGGUGAUGAGCACCCUGCUGGCCAAUAUCAAUGCCUUCUACGCCCACACGACCGCCUCCACCAAUGUGUCCGCCUCCGACCGCUUUGCUGCCACCAAUUUUGGGAAAGAGCGCUUUGUCAAGCUCUUAGACCAGUUACACAACUCAUUGCGCAUUGACCUGUCAACAUACAGGAACCACUUCCCAGCCAGCAACAAGGAUCGCCUGCAGGAUUUGAAAUCCACUGUGGAUCUUCUAACCAGCAUCACCUUCUUCAGGAUGAAGGUCCAGGAGUUACAGUCUCCGCCCAGAGCCAGCCAGGUCGUGAGAGACUGCGUCAAGGCCUGUCUCAACUCCACGUACGACUACAUCUUCAACAACUGCCACGAGCUGUACAACAGGCAGUACCAACCUGCGGAGACGCACAAGGACGAGGUCCCUCUGGAGGAGCAGGGUCCGAGCAUCAAGAACUUGGACUUCUGGCCCAAACUCAUCAUGCUCAUCGUCUCCAUCAUUGAGGAGGACAGGAACUCCUACACACCCGUGCUCAACCAGUUCCCUCAAGAGCUGAGUGUCGGGAAGGUGUCAGCCGAGGUCAUGUGGACUUUAUUUGCUCAAGACAUGAAGUACGCCAUGGAAGAGCACGAGAAGCACAGACUGUGCAAGAGCACCGACUACAUGAACCUGCACUUCAAGGUCAAGUGGCUCUACAACGAAUACGUCAAGGAGCUGCCGAACGUUAAGGACGUCGUUCCCGACUACCCGUCAUGGUUCCUGCUGUUUGUGCUGCAGUGGUUGGAGGAAAAUGAGGACGUGUCUAUUGAGUUUAUGCACGGAGCCCUGGAGAGGGACAAAAAAGAUGGAUUCCAGCAGACUUCUGAGCACGCCCUGUUCUCCUGCUCCGUGGUGGACAUCUUCACCCAGCUCAACCAGAGUUUCGAGAUCAUCAAGAAACUGGAGUGUCCCGACCCGAACGUCAUGGCUCAGUACAGUCGCCGCUUCUCCAAGACAAUUGCCAAAGUUCUUCUGCAGUACAGUGCCAUUCUGACCAAGAGCUUCCCUUCUUACAUUGAAAAGGAGAAUAUUCCGUGCGUCCUGAUGAAUAACGUGCAGCAGUUGAGAAUCCAGCUGGAGAAGAUGUUCGAGUCGAUGGGUGCCAAACUGCUAAAUGAAGUGGUGGAAGAGGAAGAAGAGGAGGAGGAAGAGGCGGCAGCGGCAGGAGAGGAGGAGAUGGACGCGGAGGCCAGUGACCUACUGAACGAGCUGCAGGUGAAGUUGAACAACGUGCUGGAUGAGCUCAGCGGUACAUUUGGAAACAGUUUCCAGAGCCGCAUCACCGACUGCAUGCGACAGAUGGCGUCGCUGCUGUACCAGCUCAAAGGGCCGCUCAACGCCAGCAACAAGAACCAGGUGGAGGGCGACUCGGACAACAUGCUGAGGCCGCUCAUGGACUUCCUGGAUGGAAAGCUGACACUUUUCGCCACCGUGUGCGAGAAGACCGUGCUGAAACGAGUGCUCAAGGAGCUGUGGAGGAUUGUGAUGAGCAGCCUGGAGAAGACGAUUGUCCUGCCGCAGGGCAACGACACCUUUGGAGCUCAGAUCCUCUCGGCAGCGAAAGAGCUCGGUCAGCUCUCCAAACUCAAGGAUCACAUGGCAGGCGAGGCGAAGAGCCUGUCUCCCAGGCAGUGCGCCGUCAUGGACGUGGCACUGGACACGAUCAAGCAAUACUUCCACGCGGGGGGCAACGGGCUGAAGAAGGCGUUCCUGGAGAAGAGUCCCGAGCUGUCGUCGCUCCGCCACGCCCUGUCCCUCUACACGCAGACGACGGACACGCUCAUCAAGACCUUCGUCACCACGCAGCACGCACAAGUGCACAAUGGGAAGGGUAUUAGGUUAACGCCCAGUGAAAAAAUCGCGCCCAGCAGGGGUUCGGGCGUGGACAAGCCGAUCGGCGAGGUUUCCGUCCAGGUGGAGUUGUACACUCAUCCCAGGAGCGGGGAGCGGAAGGUCAACGCCAAAGUCAUGGGAGCCAGCGAUUUGAAAUGGCAGACGUCCGGCAUGUUCCGGCCCUUCGCGGAGAUCACGGUGAUCGGGCCUCACCUCAGCGACAAGAAGCGCAAGUUCCAAACCAAGUCCAAGAACAACAGCUGGUCGCCCAAGUUCAACGAGAGCUUCCAAUUCCCACUGGGCAACGAGGACGGCUUCGAGUGCUACGAGCUGCAGGUGUGCAUCAAGGACUACUGCUUCGGCCGGGCCGACCGCGUGGUGGGCGUGGCCGUGAUCCAGCUGCGCGACAUCGCGGAGAAGGGCAACUGCGCCUGCUGGUGCCCGCUCGGACAGCGCGUCCACAUGGACGACACGGGCCUCACCGCCAUGCGCAUCCUCUCGCAGCGCUCCAACGACGACGUGGCCAAGGAGUUCGUGCGGCUGAAGUCGGAGACGCGCUCGGCCGAGGAGGGCAGAUGAGGAAGAGCGACGGGACGGAAGGUUUUUUCUUUUUUUUUCCGAAAUAAGGGAGGGAUCUCGUGUGACGGGGAAUUAUUGUUUUCCGUAUCCGACUCUCUCUUUGACCUUUGCUGUGUCUUCGCUGCCGUUGACUGUUUGGUGGCUUAUUCACACAGCUACUGUGCAGCACACGGCCACACACACACACACACACACACACACACACACACACACCAGCUUCACUCCAGCCAUCUGUUUCACUUGACCUGCUCUCUCUAACCCCGCCCCUCAUCAGCUGGGGGCGGCACAUUGCGCACGCCAUGGCCUCAAGGGAAGAGAGUUGAAGGGGCCAAAACUAAAAGUUCACACACCUUCCGACUUGUUGUUGUUGUUGUUGUUGUGCAAUAACCCAAACCCCCCCUCAAAGCGUGGCCAAGUGUUCGAUGCCUUACACUCUGCAAACUGCGAAUGUGUGAAGUAAAAAAUAAAAGCAUAAUGUGUCACCUUUAAGAGAGAAGGUACGUAAAGUAAUAACCCUUAAUUUUUACCCAUUAAUUUAAAAUAUUGAUGUGUGCCUUGCCAUGUUUCCUUUUUUUUUUUACCGAGGAGAGACGACAUUGCGACGUGUGUGUGUGUGUGUGUGUCCUGUUUUUGUUCAUAUUUCUUUAUGAGCUCAAUCAACAACUCUUGGCUCCCGUGGGCCUAUAGUGUAAAAAAAACAAAAAAAAAAGAUGAUGGUGCAGCCAUUUUAUUUAUUAUAAUUUUUUUAUAUACAUUAUUUAUUGACGUCUUUCUGUUGCGAUUUGUAAAUGUGGUUUACCCCCAAAAGUUGCGAAUUCUUUGCACAAUGUGAACGAGUCGCAUUUGUUUUAACUGUUUGCUGUGACAUUUCUUUUUUUUUCUUUUUUUUUAAACAAAGUUGUUUCCAUGACCAAGAAGAAAGACAAUAAACUUUCAGGGAACAACUCUUUAAUGAUGUCGGAUAAAGGAGUGUAGAAUUAUUCAUGGUUUACAUAUUUUCUUUCUGCUUUGUUUCCUUCUACUCUUCCGAUGAGUGGCCUUACUUUGGUGGAGGAAAAAACAAAACUGAAUAUGUGCAUAUCUUUUAAAAACCUUUUUUUUUAUCCAUGUAUUUCCUCAUGUAUCUCCUCUCAGCAAUGAGAGUUGGCCAUUUUUCUUUUUUGUGCUCACAAUGAUGUCAAAAAAGUUUUUUUCCAAGUGAUGCUCCUUAUCAUUUAGUAUCUUUUUUUUUAUUAUCUUUGACGAUAUUUACAAGCAUUGUAAUUAUGUGUAGAUAACGAUUUUCAUAGUUUUUGGAUGAGGACAUUUGCUGUAUUGUAAGAAAUGUGUGAGUUUUGUGGACAGAGAUAAUUAUGCAGUGCGACGUGUGCCAGUGGAUUUGUUCAUAACCGACAAAGAAAUAUUAAAGUGUUUCACUUGAUGAUAGACGGAUGUCGUGAUAAUAUGACAACCUCAGUGCUUGUGUGUGUGUGUGUGUGUGUGUGUGCACAUUUUUGAACCAAUCACACGAUGUUGAAACAACAGUCAGACUCCUCUUUGUUACACUUCACUAACCAGUGUGAAUAAUUUAUCUUAAUAUAUAAUAUACACAUUCCUUGUGCCAAGUUGCAAACUUCUUUUAUAUAUAUUUCUGUAUUUUCUAAAAUUGUCAACCGUUGCACUAAAACACUAAAUCACUUGCAAUAGUCAAGUACUUCAGUAUGUCCGUCACAGUAA